AUGAGUUCUCCAAACUAUCCCGCACUGCUCAAUAAAGAUUUUGAAAAGGUCAUAAGCAGAUACACCGACCAAUUUGACGGAGCACACGGAGCAGACGACGGGCCUCAGGCCAAGGACAAGACCACAUCCUCUCGACGCCAGCGAGAUGACGGUGGACGAGCGACGAAGGCCGCUCAGGUCAGCGACUCGUACUACGAGUUUGCGACGGCCGCGUACGAAACGAACUGGAGCACGAGAUUCCACUACGCGCCUUUCUCGCCCGCCGACACCUUGCACUCUGCGCAGUGCUUCUACGAACACCGCAUCGCGCUCCUCAUGGGUCUCAGGCCGGGCAUGAGAGUCCUAGACGUGGGCUGCGGCAUCGGCGGGCCGGCACGCGAGAUCGCGAGGUUCACAGGCUGCGAGGUGGUCGGGAUAAGCAUCAACCAGACCCAGAUCGAUCGCGCGAUCCAGUUGACGGCCCGAGAGGGCCUGAUGGACAAAUGUACCUUUGUCAGGGGUGAUUUUCUUAACAUCCCCUUUCGAAGUGACAUCUUCGACGCCGCGUUCGCCAUCGAAGCCACAUGCCACGCACCGUCGCUGAAGACGGUGUACGCGGAAAUCUGCCGGGUCUUGAAACCGGGCGGCGUGUGCCUCGUAAGCGAGUGGGUGAUGACGCCCAGGUUCGACCGGUCGAAUGCUCGCCACGUCGAAAUGCGGACGCGGAUCGAACGGGGCAACGGGGUCGUCAAUCUGCGCACGAGCGUCGAGGCGCGCGAGGCAAUGGUGUCGUCCGGGUUUGACCUGGUGCACGAGGAGGACUUUGCAGGUUACUACGACUACCUGAAACGCCGCGCCGACACUCGACGUGCCGAAGACGCAGAAGCGCGGGUGGAAGAGAGUACAGAAUCGGUUGGCUGUGAGAGUGACUCUGACCAGGACCAGGACCAUGGGAAGGGGGACGGGAAGAGGACCGGCAGGGAGAGGGCCAGGGGACAAGCACGAACGACAACGCCGGCGACGAGCGUCCCUGCUCCUCCUCCUCCUUCUCCUCGACACCGCGAAUGGUGGUGGAUGCUAGAAGGCCGCACCGCUCCGUCGACGACGUGGACCGAUUGGUGGACGGCGUGGAAAAUGUCCCCGUUCGCCCGAAGAGCCUGCUACGCUCUCGUCUGGUCGCUCGAGAAGCUGGGAUACCCUCGUGCCCGAGGCGUCUGUGAGGCCAUGGACAUCCUGGCACUGUGCGUCGACAGCGUCGCCGAGGCAGGCAAGGAAGGAAUCUUUUCGCCUUCUUGGUGGUUCAUGGGUAGGAAGCCGUCCGCCGAACACAGCUGA